AUGGGGAUCCUGAACCUUCCUCAGUUUCGCUACCAUGGACCUUGGGUUCAGAUGCUAAUUGCUGGCCUUGGUGUUGGUUCCUCUGCUGGUAUUUACGUCGCGCUGAACCUCCUAGGAGCUGGUGGUGGGAAGCCAGAUUCAGCGCAGGUAGUCCAGGUUGUCAAUGCGACACUGUGUGCAGUAUGGUUCUUCUCAUCUUCCUUCGGUGGUUCGAUCUUAAACAAGCUUGGACCUGGUCUCACUAUGUGCAUCGGCGUUCAAACUUACGCUGUGUACGUGGGAUCUCUCUGGUAUUACGAUGAGACAGGUAAGAAAGGCUAUCCAUACGCAGCUGGCCCUAUCAUUGGCAUUGGUGCAGGUAUGGUCUUCAUCACUGCCGGAUACGUUGCAACCGGAUAUCCCGAAGAAAGAGAGAAAGGGUCCUACGCGACAAUACUGAUGAACAUGCAAGCGCUUGGGUCCGUGAUUAGUGGUAUCAUCCCGGUUAUCAUAAACAGGAACUCGGACACCGUUGCUGGCGUUCCAAGAUCAGUGUACAUUGCCUUCAUCGUCAUCAUGGUCAUUGGUGGUUUGCUAUGCCUAGCUCUGCUUCGACCACACAAGCUCACGAGAGAUGAUGGCUCCGUGGUCGCCGUUGAUCGUCCAAGAGGAGUAUGGGAGGAGCUCAGAACAAAUUUGCUAGUUUUCACAGAUCCCGUCCUCCUCAUGAUGUUGCCGGCAUUCUUACCAGCUGAAGGGUUCUUAGUGUACAGCGGAUCAGUCAAUGCUUUCAAUAACAAUCUCCGUACACGCUCACUACUUUCCUUCAUCGCUGUUGUCAUGCAGAUACCAGCAGGGUGGGCAUUGCAAUACGUUCUGGACUACCCAGGGUGGGGUCGCCGCAAGCGCGGACUUAUCGGCUUGACAGGUGUUUGCAUCCCUCUAGUCAUUGCGUGGGUUUGGGAGAUGAUCCGGACUCGAAAGUACGACCGCAACAAUCCGCCUACCAACCCUACAGACUGGGAUGAACCAGAGUUUGGAUGGAUAUUCUUCCUUUUUAUGCUCAACUGGGUCUUCUCACAACUGUGGCAUAACAUUGUCUAUUACUGGAUCGGCGCUCUUACGAACUCUCCCCAGAAACUCACGCACUAUGUCGGUGUCUUUCGUGGCGUGCUCGGAGCGGGCGAAGCGAUUUGCUUCGGUCUGGACAGUAUCAAGAUACCGUUCAUCGCCGAGGCAGGUGGUAUUCUAUUGUUUUAUGUGAUAGGAAUCGCAAGUUUUUACUACUUGGGGGUCUAUCACAUGCAAGACACAAACUACGAUCGAACCGAAGAGGGCGUGGUGAUACCGAACCACAUUCUAGAGAUGGAGGGAAUGACAUCAGGGCGGGAAGUAGGUUCAAGAGACCGGGAAGAAAAAGAGGGCCAUGUCGCAGAAAGUGAAAAGGAUGAGUUGAGUGGCGGGGAGAAGGUCUGA